GGUGGUGGGCGGGCCCUGAAGCCCAGCAAGAAGCAUGGAGGAGCCCGGAGAUCCCCUGUCCAACCCAAGCUCCUCGUCCUCACCUCGGCACUGCGCGGGGGUCUCGGUGUCCACGGAGCUGCUGACGGCGGGGAGCGGCGGCCAAGGAGGUAUAUGGGACAGGUUGCUCAUCAACUCCAAGCCUAAUUCCAGAAAGAAUUCCACUCUCCAAACAGUUCGGAUAGAGAGAAGUCCUUUAUUGGACCAAGUACAGAGCUUUCUCCCACAGAUGGCUCAGGCAAAUGAAAAGCUAAGAAGAGAAAUGGCAGCUGCACCACCUGGUUGUUUCAAUAUUGAAAAUAUUGAUGGGGCUCUGGGAAAAGUGAUCCAAAUGGAUGUGGCUUUGUUUGAGAUGAAUCAGUCCAAUUCAAAAGAAGAGGAUAGUUCAGAAGAGAAUUCACAAGGCAGUUCAGAGGACAGUUCGGAAUCGGAGGAUGAAGAUGACAGCACCUCUUCUGAAGUCACCGUCGAUAACAUUAAGCUUCCUCACUCAGAAGAGGGAAAAGGCAAGAUAGAGGUUUUGGACAGUCCUGCCAGUAAAAAAAAGGAAUAAUGUAAUAAAUGACCUAAGAAACAGGUGACUUACGCCUACUAAUUCUGUGAAAAAGAAUGUGGCUCACUGGUUAUUUUGCAUUUCCGGGUAUCUGUGGUGCUUUUAUGUAACACUGGAUGAAUUUUGUUUCUCAGAGAAGCAGAAGCUGGCUUUUAAAGAGUCGGGAUAGGUGGCGUUUGGGGAUCUUCUAAGAACAGACUGUCUUUGAUCUCACGUUGAAGCGAUUUAAUUUAGAAAACUUUACUUUGUUCAUGGUGAUGAGUGAAUUUAUUAUCUACUUUCUCCAGUGUAGAUUUCAGAAAUACCAAACUUAUUUUAAAGUAAAAGUACAAAUGGCCUGUUUGUUUUUACUUUAAAUUAUUCUCUUGGAUAAAACAACUUAGAUGGGCUUUUUCUUUUUUAGGUUAUUAUGAAGUCCAAUUUAUUUUGUUACCAUCAAAGUGUGUUCAGUGAAAGAGAAAUUUAAGAGAAAGAAGUCUUUUAGAAAGAAAAGACUUAUAUUUAGCUGCCCUUAGGCAUAUCUACUUUCAUUUUUUUAAAAAUUCCUUUCCAGUUUGAGCUGGAAAACUGGUGCUUUGUGGCUUAAUCACUGUUGAUGACUCUGUAGCCACUCAGUGAGUGUAGAAUUGACUGGCUGGGGAAAUUCAUGUUUUUUUUUUUUCUUUUAAGCAAAAAAAUUUUUUUUCUCAGCUAUUAAAACCAUUCUACACAGUUUGAAACCUAUCAAAUGUAGAAAAUAAAGGAGACCAUAGGAAAAACAGGACACAGGUCUCUCACAUAGACCUGAGAAUUUAAAGGACUACAUCCAAGUGGGCUAACCCGAUGGAAUUUUGUCCCCUAAUGUUUCAGGGCUCUCUUUGAACCAUUUUUUCCUACUCACAUUAGCCCAAGACAUUUUGUAAAUACUGUGAAGAUAAUUCUCAGGAUUCUACCAGUUUUUCCUGGUUAUGCCUCUCUAACUAUUUGAAGAAAUGACCAGAUCUGGAAACGAGACUUCUCAGCUAGAAAGGGUAUUACGCUUUUAGAAAGGGUAUUAGCACCCAACACAACUGUGAUGAAUUAUUGGUAUAAAUUUUUAAAGAUUGUCAUUUACCAGAGAAUAUACUAUGCUAAAUUGUGAGAGGAGUUGCACUUGUCUGGUUUACUACUUAGCAUGAUGUGUGGUAUACAGCAGGCUCUGAAUAAUGUUAACACAUGAAGUAAUGGCUGUAUGAGGGUAUACAGGACAUUUGAAGCUAGGGUAGGCUGCUCUAGGCAGGGAAAUACGAGGUGUGACUUCACAAGAAAUACCUAUCCAAGUAGAAGUAGACUGAGUGAUCAGUGAAAGAGGCUAGUCAGUUUAGAAAUACAUACUAAUAUGUAGAAUUUUAAUGUUUCUCUCCUGCAUUGGCUAUCCAGUGUAAUAAAGCUAGGCUUCCUAUAUAGUAAAUGAAGUCAAGAAAGUUCAGGGUCUCUGGAAAUUCUGAUGACAUAAGAGAAAAAAGAAAAAGAGUAACAUUUGGUAAGAGUUAAUAGAUGAUGCUAAUAUAUGAUAAAGAUGCCAUUUUAACUAAGUAUAAAAUGGAUAAACUGUCAGAAUUGGCUAAGUAUUUCAAACAAGGUUAGAUUCUAGCUUUAUACCAUGUGCUAAUAAUGUGUUAAAUUACAUAUGGAUUAAAAUUUAAAUAUCAAGAAGAUUUAUAUAAGAGUGGGAGACUAUUUAAUAAUGAAAUUGGGCAAAAGUUCAUUUAAAAGCAGAACAUUAAAGCCGGAAGUCACAAAGGAAAAGAGAAAAUUCAUCCACUCUUAAAUAUUUAAAACUAUGGAUGGCAAAGAAAUUUAAAAGGCAAGGGACCAAUUGGAGAAAAUAUUUGCAAUAUCAGACAAUGCAUGUCAUUAAUAUACAAAUUAGUAAAAAGAACUAAUAGCUCACUAGAGAAAAGGUACGGGACAUAAACAAGUAAUUCACAGGAAAAAGAAAACCUUCCACUCCAUUUAUCAAAGAAAUGCAAACGAAGCCAAGAUUGUAUUCUUUACAUAUCAAAAUGGCAAAUGAAACAAUACAAUAGCAUCAACUUACUGAGCCCUUCCUAUGUGUCACCUACUCUUCGAAGUGUUUUUACACUUAAGAGUUAUCACCCUCAUACAAAUAUAAAAACCUAUUGAGUUGCACAUUUAACAUUUGUGCACUUUAUGUAUGUACGUUAUACCUUAAUUCAAAAGCUGUUUUAUCAGCUGGUUGCCUUUAGUCUUUUGGAAGGUAAAUCACUGUUGUGCUUCCGUUAGUCCAGCCUGCGCUUUCUCUGCCUGGUGCUUGGGUGUGAGAUGGCAGCCAUUUGGAGAAUGGGUCUGUUCCUGCCAGGGUUGAUGAAAUGUUCUCUUCACACUUGUGGGGGGCCAUCUUUCUAUAGCUCUGUGACUGUAAAUCAGUGUCAUGUAAAUCAUGUGACUUACAAAUCAGGAAAUCAGGUGCCAUGGGAUGGAAGCAAAUAUUUCAUUCUGAAUGAAUCUCCCAUCUAUUCCCACAAUAUUUUAAUUGUGCAUCAAAUGUGGUACUUACAAAAAGGAAACCUGCCCCACCAAGUAGUUUGUGUUACUGUGCCUGUAUCCUCUCUUGCAGGAGGAAAGGGAAGGAAAGGCUGAGUCUCACUUUCAUCUGCAUUUCCAUCAAGUGCCUAGCAUAGUGCCUUUCAUUCCGUGGGAAUGUACAAUAAAGGUUCAUUAAACUAUU